GAAUUUUGAUAUCGUUUGACACCAAUAUCGAUAUCGUGAUAAAAAUACGAUAUAUUGCACAGCUCUACUGCUAUGCCAAUAAAAUAUUUAGCAGUGUAACAGCAACUGAAAAGGUCCAAAUCUAAAGACAAAUUACAGAAAAAAUGAAUUAAGUGAGGUGAAAAGAAAAUGGUGUGACAUGAAAACAGCAGGAAAAAAAACCUACACUGUACCCAGGUGAUGAUGGACACCAGGCACGUCACACAGGAAAACGUCUAUUUUAAAAUUAUUUUUAAGUGUCUCUGCCCAUGUGCUUAAAGUCUUGCAUAGAAUUAAAUGAAAAUGCCAUGGCAACCAGAACUGAUUUCUAAACUAAAAAUCGUACCAGUUUUUAACAAUCCGUUCUGUCAAAAGUGAGGCAUGCGGUGCUAAAGCUUCCAUCAGCUGAGGCAUUUAUUUGUGGCUUACAGCUAUGUGCAGACAGAAUGAUGCUAGCUUUAUUUGUCUUAUUUUCUUUAUGACUAUUAGCAUAUCAGUUGUAGCUAAUUAGAAUUAGCAAUGGGCUUCUAAAAUUAUCACUCUGUUGUACAUAUUACAUGUCCCCUGUCUACCACUCCUCUGUCCCCUCCCCAUCAUGUCACUGAUCCCUCCCCACCACUGAGCUCUAUGUAAAAAUGAGAGGUCAUAGGCUCGUCAGAGUGAAACCAUCUGGCCGCCAUCUUACAACUUGCACCGCGGAGUGGGACGGUCAUUUAGGCUGCUGGAAGCUACAUAAAACUGGACAAGUUACUUAGCUGGUGAGAAAAAUUACAAGAAAAAUGGCUGCAUGUGCAGCAGUGAACUGUACAAACCAUCAGGUCAGUGGUUGUGGACGGACGUUUCACCCAUUACAGGCACAUGUUAUAGCAUGUCUGACGAACCAGGACCAAGCAAACAAACACACUCUCAAACCCACUCUCAGUCUCAGACUCAGUCUCAGCCCAGCUCCAGCUCAUCGUCUGCCCCAGCUUCAUCCAGCCAGUCAUCGUCUUCUGGUUCGGGGACAUUGAGCUCAGUGGACACUGUCCCCAUUGCCGAGCUGUCGUCUAUACCUGAGGAGCCAGAAGAACCUGAACCGAAAUACUGGGGCAGAAUAGUGCCCUUAAUCAGAGGCUUUAACGUACUCAACUGUGUGGAGAAUCAGUACUACUUCGGGCGGGACAGUCGCAAUGAUUAUUGUUUUAAUGACCCGAUUGUUGUGACAUCACCACGCUACAGAACCUACAGCAAAAGACACUUCAAGAUCUUCAGGGAUGAGAGUGUGGUAUAUCUGGAAGAUCUGAGUGGAAACGGUACAUGGGUCGAUGAUACUGAAGUUGGAAAUGGAAAACGAUGUCCAUUAAGAAACAACUCUGUUGUGUCACUUGCAGACCCCAAACAUAAAGUGUUUAUGUUUGUUGACAUGACGGAGGAUGAUCAGCCGAACUUCCCUAAAGAAUUCAGAGAAAAAUACCACGUCACUCGCAAGAUUGGCUCUGGUGUGUGUGGGGAAGUAAAACUGGCCAUUGAGAGAGAGACGUGUAAAAAAGUAGCGGUAAAAACCAUCAACAAGAACGACUUCCCUUCUGUCGGUACAGUGAUGCGUAACGCAGAGCGAGAGAUUGAGAUCCUGAAGAAAAUUGAUCACCCGUGUUUAAUCCGAACAGAAGAUUUCUAUCAGACGCAGGAUUCCUACUACAUCGUCUUAGAGUAUGUUGAGGGUGGUGACCUCUUCAGCAGGAUUAAAGCUCAGAAGCAGUUAAAGGAGGGAAUUGCGAAGCUGUACUUCUUUCAGAUGCUGAAGGCUGUGGAGUAUCUCCAUGAAAAUGGCAUCAUCCACCGUGACCUUAAACCGGAGAACGUGCUUCUCACCUCCCAUGAUGAUGAGUGUCUCAUCAAGAUUACAGACUUUAACCAGUCGAAGAUUCUGGAGGAGUCGAGUCUGAUGAAGACUCUGUGUGGAACUCCUACAUUUUUAGCUCCUGAAGUGUUCACUGCUGACGCCACAGGAGGAUACACACACACUGUGGACUGCUGGAGCCUUGGAGUGCUGCUGUUCAUCUGUCUGGGUGGUUAUCCUCCGUUUAACAGUGAGUCAAGCUCCAUGUCAGUGCGCGAUCAGAUCAUCAGCGGUCAUUACUGCUUUAUUCGUUCACGCUGGGAGUCUGUCUCCACCCAAGCAAAAGAUCUGGUGAAGAAGCUGCUGGUUGUGGAUCCAAAUAAACGCCUGAGUAUUUCGGAGGCACUGCAGCACCCGUGGAUUAAUGAUGAGGAGAUCAAGCAGAUGGCACUGAGUCUGAUGUACCCAACACAGCCCAAUGAACCAAUACACCCGGGACCAUCGCGUGCAGGACUACCACAGUCAGGGCCAUCACAACCUGAACAACCACAGAGAAGAUCAAAACGUAAAGCUGACAAGGAAGGAGAAACAUCAGCAUCUAAAAGGCGACCAUGACACUCAACACACUUUUCAUCCAGCCUGUGUGUGUACAAACGUUGCAUACACUCUGUGUACACGUGUAUACACUGUGUUAUGUACUGAUCUUUUUUCAAUAAACAGCUUUUUACAUUGUUA